UUUAAUAUCUUUCACACCACAAGUGUCCAACCAUCUUCAAUGGCAGCCAAUGCAGGAACUGGUUCACCUUGUGGUGCAUGCAAGUUUCUCCGAAGAAAAUGUACUGCUGAUUGCAUCUUUGCACCCUACUUCUGUUCGGAACAAGGCCCCGAUCGAUUUGCCGCAAUCCACAAGGUGUUUGGUGCAAGCAAUGUUUCAAAAUUGUUGCACCAUGUGGCUGCGGCCUACCGUUGCGAGGCCGUGGACACCAUUGCUUAUGAAGCUCAAGCUAGGAUCAAAGAUCCUGUUUAUGGCUGUGUUGCUCAUAUAUUUGCCUUACAACAACAGGUUGCAUGUUUACAAGCACAAUUGAUGCAAGUUAGAGCUCAAAUGGCACAAGGGUACAUGGAUUCAAGAAAUCUUGAUUGUCAACACUUUGAAGACAUGACUGGAGCGACAUCUUAUCAGAAUUACAUGAACUUCAACACCUCACAACAAAGUUUGAUGGAGUGGAUCGAUCACAGUAACGAAGUUACAUCAAGUCACGAGAUUCAAAGUAGAAACUAUCAAGAUAAUGAUGACCAUGUGCUCUUCAAGAAGAGAAUUUCUGAAAGUGAUUUGGGUGAGCUUCAUGAACUUGCGGUGAGAAUGAUGAGGAAUUGAUGUAGAUUAAACAUAGUUUGAUCUUGUGAUCAGAUAUUUAUGAUGUUAUGGAACAAAUAUGUAUGUAUAGAGAGCUUAAGUUAGAUAUGAAUUAGAAAAGACUAUAAACCAAGGGUCUUGAUAAGUUUCUUACAAUUGCUCAUGGUGAAAACCUAAUUUGAAAA